UAAGCACUCGGUGACAGAGUUCGCAAUCCUUGUCUACCGGGACAAAACAAAAAGAUACACACCUACCGCCACAAAUCUUUACUCCACAUCAGGCCAUCAUGUCUACCAGCGCUGUCACUUCCCUCUAUCGUCGGUCGCUGAAGCUUGCGCUUGACUGGGCUGUUCACAGGCAGCUAUGGCGCGGACAGGCCGUAUACAUUCGGUCACUCUUCGAGGCAAACAAGGAUGUGCGCGAUCCACGCCAACAAAAGGUGCUCAUACGUGAGACAGAGAAGUUGCUAGAGAAUUGGAAACAUCCCGACCCCUACAGAGCACCAACUGCACCAGGUGGCAACAAAUGGGAACGGAAUCUCCCGGCACGUAUCCUGCCCUAUGCCUCGGGCAGCCAUUAAUUCCAAGAAAAAACGAAUGCCAG